ACAGAGGGCUACGGUCGGCACGGUGGUUGUGAAGUCACAGUGCUGAAACAAACCGUAGCUUACGCAUUUGAAGCCCCUCGCCAUCAUCCGUGGACAUGUCGGCAUCCAACGAAUGCAGGUAUAAAUAUGAAGAGUGCAAGGAUACAGCUGACUGGCUGCUGUCACGGAUACCACAGAGGCCCACGGUAGCCAUCAUCUGUGGCUCGGGCCUGGGAGGCCUGGCGGACCUCCUGGAGAACAGAAAUUCGUUUCCUUACCAGGACAUCCCCAACUUCCCCAAAAGCACAGUGCAAGGACACGCAGGUCGGCUUGUCUUUGGGGAGCUGAGAGGGAAGCAGUGCGUCUGCAUGCAGGGUCGCUUCCACUUCUACGAGGGCUACAACAUCACCACGGUGACCUACCCAGUGCGAGUGUUCUUCCUGUUGGGGGUGGAGAUUCUAAUUGUGACCAAUGCUGCUGGCGGGCUGAACCCUGACUUCAGUGUGGGGGACAUUAUGAUGAUUAAAGACCACAUAAACAUGCCCGGGUUUGCAGGCCAGAACCCACUGUGUGGACCCAAUGAUGAGCGCUUCGGCGUGCGCUUCCCCUGCAUGUCGGACGCGUACGACAAGGACCUGGCCCAGCUGGCGCAGGAGGCGGCCGAGGAGCAGGGCUGCACCUCCUACAUCCGCCAUGGCGUCUACUGCAUGCUGACGGGGCCCACCUUCGAGACCAUCGCCGAGUGCCGGGUGCUGCAGAUGCUGGGCGCCGACGCCGUGGGAAUGAGCACUGUCCCGGAGGUGGUGGUGGCCCGCCACUGUGGCCUGCGCGUCUUUGGCCUGUCGCUCAUCACAAACAAAGUCGUCACCGACUACGACAGCAAGGAGCGGGCCAACCACGAGGAGGUCCUAGAGACCACCCGUAUGCGCACUGAGGACCUUCAAAGGCUGGUCAGCCACUUAGUGGGGAAACUGUAACCCUCACGGAAUCAAUCAAUCACCUCCUGGUUCACCAUGAAUGAAUGAAUGUAUGUAACAAUGUAAAAGUAUAUGAAGCAGAAAAUGUGGUAGAAAUUGACAAUGUAGAACGUUAUCUAUAAAAAGAAGAGUUGCACUAGGCAUUGGUAAUUAAUAUGGCUUUACUUAUUUUUUGUGAUAGCUAAUGAUAAUCUAUUUAAUGGGCAAAACUGUGCACUGAUGGUUCCUUAAUUUGACACUUUGGGAUGAUAUCCUCCUGAUAUCUUGUUAACAAAGUAAUUUACUUUGCUACGCUAUUCAACACUGUUGCUAAUUAGUUCAGUCUGUUACACUGGGCUUUCUCCACCUCAAACUUAAAUUAAACACAGUGUGUGUGUCUGUGUCUGUCUGUCUGUCUGUCUGUGUGUGUGUGUGUGUGUGUGUGUGUGUGUGUGUGUGUUUGUGUGUGUGAGAGAAAGAGAGAGAGAGAGAGAGAGAGAGAGAUAGGGGGACCUUAACUCAUGCUAUUUCCAUUUUACUUGACUUUUAUCAAACUGUUUAAGGAUCAUCUGUAACAUAAAUGCAUAGAAGUUUGUCAAUCAUGUAAUUUACCUCUCGUUUCACCCUAAAUGUUUGGGGGUCCAUACUAAUGAUGACAGAUCACUUCUGCCUUGACAACUGCAAGAAAUUUCAGGCAACAUCCAAGGUGCCUCAGGAAUACUUUUUAUGGUCAAUUCAUCAUUUUUGUGUGGACACUGUGAUCAAAUCUUCACAAUGGGUGCUUGUUUGUAAGGGGGGGG